AUGAAUACUGGAAAAAGAUAUUUACACUUGGAUCCUGCAGAGGAGUACAAGAUGAACCAUAAACGGAGAGGACUGGCUCUCAUCUUUAAUCAAGAGAAUUUUGGGAGUACAUCCAGGGCAGGAAGCAGAAAUGACCGUGACAAAUUAUUGAUGAGGCUGACAGAGAUGAAGUUUGACGUGAAGGUUUAUGACAACAUGAAUGAAGAAGAAGUAUAUAAGAGUAUCAGUGAAGCUGCAGAGGCCGACCACUCAGACGCAGACUGCUUUCUGCUCGUCUUCCUGAGUCACGGUGAUAAAGAUCAUGUUGACACGUACGAUGGCCAGAUCAGCAUUGAAGACAUCACAUCCCCGUUCAAAGGAGACAAGUGCAGGACUCUUGUAGGAAAGCCAAAGAUAUUUAUAUUCCAGGCUUGCCGUGGAGACAAGAAUGACGACCCUGCGACUGCGUGCGAUGCUGUGGAUAGUGUGGUGGAGGAACCAACGGGUGAUGGUGCUCGCUACACCCUCCCUGCUGGAGCUGAUUUCAUUAUGUGCUAUUCUGUGGCUGAAGGUUACUUUUCCAACCGGAACAUAGCAUCUGGCUCAUGGUACAUCCAGGCGCUAUGUGAGUUGUUUGAAAAGUAUGGAGAUUCCCUGGAAUUCACAGAGUUGCUCACACUUGUCAACAGGAAAGUGUCAGUGAGGAGUGUGCAGUGUGGUGAUUCACAAAAGGAUGGGAAAAAGCAAGUGCCUUAUUUUGCUUCAAUGCUCACCAAAAAACUCUACUUCAGGCCAAAAAAGUAACAAUUUCCAACCAUUGAGGAUUUUGAAAUGUUUUUGUUUUAAGAUUUUCAAGUUUUAUGGUAGUCCUUGUGAACCCUGUGAACAUAUAUUUACACUGAACUUCAACCUAGUUACCAGCCUGAAUAUUGUGGUGACAAAAUAGCAGAAACAACCUGUAUUCACAUGCACAGGCAGUCGAUCUCUUCAUUAAACCUUAUGUCAUCUGGGAAAAAAAUGGUCUUUUAUUGGUAACACAUGCCAAUGAUGAUUUAUGUGCUUGAAAAAAAUGCUUGAUUUGACCUAAAUCUGAACUCAGUAUUGCUCCAUCAUGUUAGAUUUGUAAGUUAUGCACAUAAAUACAUAGUUAGUAGC